UAACGCAUUCGUCCUUUUACUUCGAUUGCGCUGUAUAUCUCACUCUCCAGCCACCGACGCUUCCGCGCGGCCACCGUCUUCCUCCCAUUGCUUGAUCUUCAACGAGUUUACUUCUGAAGAAACUAGUGGCUGCUAGUGAUUUGGGAGGAUUACUCUUCCGGGUGAGCUGUGCUCUGAAGCAUUAAGGGAUACUUAUAUAGAUGUCAAAUGAUGUGGAAAAUCCUAAAGAUGGAGAUGCCAGCAAGUCUUUGGAUGCUUCUUCACCAUCCCACAGUCUUCAAUCGACUUGGUACGAUGGCUUACUUCAGCAAGCAUCAGUUUAUGGAGUAGCUGCUGGAUACUGUCUAUCAGCAUCAUUACUCUCCAUCAUUAACAAGUGGGCCGUCAUGAAAUUUCCUUACCCAGGGGCACUAACUGCGUUGCAAUAUUUCACAAGUGCAGCUGGAGUCCUCAUAUGUGGGGGACUCAAGGUUAUAGAACAUGAUAAGCUUGAUCUUGUAACAAUGUGGCGGUUCCUGCCGGCCGCAAUUAUAUUUUACCUAUCUCUUUUUACAAACAGUGAGCUUCUCCUCCAUGCCAAUGUUGAUACUUUUAUUGUCUUCAGAUCAGCUGUCCCCAUCUUUGUUGCAAUAGGAGAGACCCUCUACUUGCACCAACCAUGGCCAGCAAUUAACACAUGGGCUUCACUGGGUACAAUCUUUGCUGGUAGCGUGCUCUAUGUCACUACUGAUUACCAGUUCACACUCACAGCUUAUAGCUGGGCAUUGGCUUACUUAGUGAGCAUGUCCAUUGAUUUUGUUUAUAUCAAGCAUGUUGUUAUGACAAUUGGCUUAAACACAUGGGGUCUCGUGCUAUACAACAAUCUUGAGGCUUUGAUGCUUUUUCCUAUCGAGUUGCUUAUAAUGGGCGAACUGAAGAAAAUAAAGCAUGAAAUUCAGGAUGAGUCAGAUUGGUACGGUUUUCAAGUGGUGUUACCCGUAGCCCUGUCGUGUUUGUUUGGUUUAGCCAUAUCUUUCUUUGGAUUUUCUUGCCGUAGAGCAAUAUCUGCGACAGGCUUUACUGUUCUCGGCAUAGUGAACAAACUAUUGACAGUGGUGAUAAAUCUAGUUAUUUGGGAUAAACACUCGACUCUUGUUGGUACAGUGGGACUCUUGAUCUGCAUGUUUGGUGGUGUUAUGUACCAGCAAUCCACGAGCAACAAGCCUAAGGCUGUGAAAGAUGUAAAUCCACAAGCAGCUGAUGAGGAGCAACAUAAGCUUCUUGAAAUGCAAAGCAGCAUACAGAGCACUGAGAACGAGAAGCAAUCUACACAAUCGGAAGAUGAGAAACAAUAACAUAUUCUUGGGAAGAGUUCCCUUUUCAUUCUUGUAUGUCAAAGAUAUUGUUGAAAUUCAAUUAUGCACUUGGUCGAAAACCCAGUGCUAUCUUAACCGCCAGAUUGGGUAUGUAGUCAGCUGCUAGUUACUUAGAAGCAACUUUCACGAGGAAAAGGAGAAUGGAUUGCUACAUUUUUAUUCAUGGGUAUGAAGUCAGCUACCUGCAAUUUCGCGAAAGUACAUGUUACGCUUAUCUUCUAUAGUUUUGAUUCGUAUUCAGCUCACGUA